GUGUUUUCUGAGAAAAGUACAGUUUUUUUAUCUUGUAUCUGAUGUAAUCUUGCAUGUUGUUUCAACAUUUAGCCAGACAUGAAUUUUUUUAAUGACCACUUCUUCUUCUGUUAUCAGUUCAUAUGUGGUAAUGUAGAUGUGAUUGUUAUAAAUACAAGGAGUUGCUGUAAGUUAUUUGCCUUGGUCGUAAUCAAGCUGCAAUCAAAGGAUUUUUGCUUUUUCACACAUGUACACGUUUAACAUGCUGGUACAAAAGCUAAGUUGGAUUACUUUGCUGCUGUUACUUUGCCAACAUGGUGUGGAGGGAAGAAAAGCUUUGGCCUGUGAGGGUGGCACUGCAAACCUCCAGUGUUCCAAGGGUUACAUUAAUGUCUAUAAAGCCAACUAUGGGCGGGCUGACAAGAUAACAUGCUCUAAAGGGAAACCAAAGAGUCAAAUCUCAAAUGAUCAGUGCUUCCAAGAAACAUCCAUUCAAGCAGUGUCCCUAAGGUGUGACGGAACAACAAGCUGCUCGGUUCCUGUACAGAACUCAGUUUUCUCUGACCCGUGUAUUGGAACUGUGAAAUACCUUGAUGUGACCUACGAUUGUCUCCCAAUUAAGGGAAUUGCUAUCUGUGAACAUAAACAAGCAUACAUUAAGUGUGAUACUGGUGUUAUUCGCAUUCAUCACGCCAAUUAUGGACGGAGAGACAAAACAACUUGCCGUUUUCCGUCAUCAAACACAGACGAAUGUUUGUUUCCUCAGACUACACGCCUUCAAUUUCGUUGCGAUAAAAAGAAGUCAUGCUCACUUAAUGCUUCCAAUUCUGUCUUCGGCGAUCCAUGUCGUGGAGUUAAUAAGUACCUGGAAGUGACUUACAGCUGUGAAAAGAAUUUUGGUAUCAAGGCGGUGAACCUCAUCACAUGUGAGGGAGAAACUGCCAAGCCCACCUGUGCACAGGGAACUAUUAAAGUGCUUUCAGCCAAUUAUGGGCGUACAGACAGCAAAACCUGCUCUAGUGGAAGACCAGCUGGUCAGAUUUCAAAUGCUAAGUGCACUCAGAAUACAACACUAAGUGUGCUGACCACUCAAUGUGAUGGAAAGCAGAAUUGUUUCAUUGUUGUGGGGAAUACGGCUUUUACUGACCCCUGUCCUGGAACUUACAAAUAUCUGAAUGUGUCUUAUGAGUGUAUCCUACCACCACCACCACCACCACCACCACCAACUGUACCAUCAAAGAAUCAAGUUACAUGUGAAUCAAACACCACCCACCUCAGCUGUGACCAUGGAACCAUAAAAGUGCUUUCAGCCAAUUAUGGGCGUACAGACAGCAAAACCUGCUCUAGUGGAAGACCAGCUGGUCAGAUUUCAAAUGCUAAGUGCACUCAGAAUACAACACUAAGUGUGCUGACCACUCAAUGUGAUGGAAAGCAGAAUUGUUCCGUUGCUGUGGGGAAUAUGGCUUUCACUGACCCCUGUCCUGGAACUUACAAAUAUCUGAAUGUGUCUUAUGAGUGUAUCAUGCCACCACCACCAAGUGCACCACCAAAGGAUUUACUUUCCUGUGAAUCAGAGACUGCCCAUCUCAGCUGUGCCCAGGGAACCAUAAAAGUGCUUUCUGGCAAUUAUGGGCGUAUAGACAACACCACUUGCUCUAGUGGAAAACCAGCUGGACAGCUUUCAAAUACUAAAUGCAUUCAGAGGAAAUCGCUCAGUGUGUUGGCCAAUCGAUGUGAUGGAAAACGGCAUUGUUCAGUUUCUGCCAUUAACAUGGUUUUUGGUGAUCCCUGUAAAGGAACCUACAAAUACCUGAAUGUGUCCUACACCUGUGUCUUAACAACGAGUAUAAUUUGUCAAAAUAAAAGCAGUCAUAUUCACUGUGAACGGGGUCGGAGAAUUAACAUUCAUUAUGCUAAUUAUGGGAGGAGUGAUACGGUGACUUGCACUCAUCAUCUUGUUGGCGCCGUGUCCACAUGUUUCUCAGACCAGACCAGUACCUUGCAACACAGGUGUAAUGGAAAGACUCUGUGUCACGUUCAUGCUUCAAAUUCAGAGUUCACUGAUCGUUGUCCUCAAGUCCAUAAAUAUUUGGAGGUUUUAUACAGUUGUGAUUAACCAUGAUGAAUCGAGCAAUUAAAACAUCUGCAUAUCUCUAUUUCUGUGGCAUACUAUGGAGUUGGGAGGAAAUCUUCGUUUUCAUUCAUUCAUCUGAUUUUAUACAUUUAACAAGGCUGAUUUUUACUCAUUACGCUUUAGUCAUUGUGAAUUACUUAAGUAGAAUCUGAAUGAAAUGUUUGUAUUAUAAAAUUAAUAUAAAUAAAUAAAAAAUUAUUAGACUUAAAUUGAGAAAUCUGUAGAAUAAAUUCAGUUUAAU